CGCGCGAAGGCUGAUCCUCUGCUCUUGUCGGCCGGUUGGAAAGUGCCGGGGCGGGUGAUUGACAGCAGGGAAGUGAGGCUGAAGCGUCGCGUGGUGGGCGAGCAAGCAACGCAAACCGACGGACGUGCGAAACAUGGCCUGCGCCAAACUCGCACCGUAACGCUUUCCUCCCACUGCAACAUGGCCCAUGGAUCCUUCGUCGACGCCAGCUCCCCUCUGAUCGACCUUCGACACCGACGACAGCACGCCGCCGUGCCGUCGUGAGAGCCUUUCACCGCGCCUGCGAUCCCCUAUUGGGCAAUUCGGCGUGUGCCCCGGGCCUCAGGCACCUCCACACACGCGACCUGCGACCAUGGAGAGGCGAGUGUCCAACGCGCGGCUGCAGUCGCCGCUGCCCGAUGCGGCGCAAGGAGGCAUUGCCAUCACGCGGCUGGAACGCAGCGCAGAGGAGCUGUCGGCGGGCGGCAGCGACAUCGGGGAGGAGAUCAGGAAGAUACGGGAGAGGGAGCGGAGCGCGAGUCGAAGUGCAUCGCGGCAGAAUUCCAUCCAGAGCAGCCACCAGGGGGGAGAGUUUGCUAGAGGCACCUCGCUGUCCAGGAGGCUCAAUAAUAGUAAUCAUCACCCCACCGCUGGCCGCAGCCGUGCCAGCUCGUAUGCCAACAGCAUUGUCGACGUCAACACCCACGCGCGUUGGGGAGGAUACUCGCCUGCGGGCCACAUCGCUUCUCCCGUCGCCGCCCCCAUUACCUCGCCCAUUGGCAGCCUCCGGUCAGGCUCGAGCUGGACUCAGGCCUCUCUCCAACGCGCUGCCUCGGGCUCCAAGUCGUCGCGCCGUGGUCACAUCGUCGUUGAGCCUCUGCAAGAGGGACGACCGCUGGACAGUCCGCUGGCCCCCAGCAGCGCCUCGCUGUACUCGCAGGAACACGCCAUCUCGCGCCAAACCUCACACUCCUCCUUCGCCCGCCGCUACGACCUGAUUGCGGGGCAGAUCGAGGAAGCCCUCGCCACCAUCCCGCCCAGUCCGCCCAUCGAAGUGCAAGAGCAAGAGCGAGCCAACAUGGAUCACCACGAUCCCAUCGAACGACCGCACUCGGCCGACACCUUCCAAGAGGCCGAGCUGGCUUUUCGAGACUUCGACGGCGUGCACUACAACCCUGAUACAGAGGAGUAUGUCGAGCUCGAUGAGGAGGGGCACGAGAUUAGGCGCGUCUCUGCGCGGACGUCGUCUGGCACGUUGGGAGACAUGGCGUCAAUGCUACGAACACCACGACAGGGCAGGCCAAUGUCCUCCGGACGACCCAUGUCCAUGGCCCUUGGAGCGCCGCCGCCAGGCGAAGACAUGGUGUACUACCCAGCACCUGUGCCGCGGAUGCUGAAUAUGCCCAAGAGACUGUCACAGCAACCGCCCCCGCAUGUGCAGGCGAAGAGACGUUCGGAGAUGCUACAGGCCAUGCCACGGGCCAACAGAGAGUCGGCACCUUGGAUCCCUCCCUUGGGCAUUGGCGAGGAAGAGCAGGGAGAACCCAAAAGCGCUCGCUCGGGUUCACACUCGACUACAUAUGAAGAUGCAAAUCCAAGAGGCAUGCUCAACCAGAGAAUGAGCACAGUCAAUCAACAGAGUCUGCCGCCCCAACUGCGCGCUUCCAUGUUCUUCCAGCAUUCAUCAGUGCCACACGAUGUCCAGGUUCAGAACGGGUCAGCAGUCGCAACCUUGGACGCCAUCCUCGCCUCGUCAGCCAAUGCACCUGUGACUGCCUUCACAGACCAUCCGUAUGCCGGGGAUGUUCGCAGCACUGUCUACGCUCCCGAGAAGCCGAUGCACAAUCGACGCAGCACAAGCACCACGUUGAAUCAAAUUAAGCAAGAAUCUCCCAAGAGUGACAAGAAAGCGAGGCGGAAGAGCAGCAUUGGAAACUUUUUCAAGAGGAGCAGCACGAACUUGGACGGCGAGACAAAUGAUCGAGCUCGUCCACACAGUCGCGGCAGUAUGCUAGAUUUCAACGAGGGAGGCAAUAAGCUACGGAAGAGGCGAAGCCAAAUGAGCAUGGGCCAGAUGAGCGCUGGUGAUGAUCUGGACGAUGCAGAGCGCGCCAGGCGUACAUCGCGGCAGGAUCUUGGCAACUCUUCCAGAAGGCAAUCAGGUCUUAUUGAUCAAGCGGUCAACGUGGAUCACCCUGUGGGAGAUGACACUGAUCGUCACGACCCGGAUAGCCUGCAUCGGACAGCACAGGCACUGGAUGAGGGCGAUCAAAUCGAUCAAGAUUUCCGAGAUCAACAGGAACGAGAAGAUUGGGAUAUUGAAGAGCCUGUGUUUGCGCAGCCUACCACUCUACUGGCAGAAUUGCAAGUACGCAAAGCACAGCUCAAGUCGCGGAAUCGAACCGCCGCGACCGCAUUUCCGAACGGCAUGCAUAGUACUCUGCUCCAACUUGAUGCGGUCGAGGCCAUUGAAGCAAAGAAGCGCAAAAAGAAGAAGAUCGCGCUGGCAUGGGAAGAUCAUCAGGGCAAUCCCGAGGACAGUGAUGAGGAUCGAGACGAUGUUCCAUUAGGAAUGCUCUUCCCUUCAAAGAGUGGAAACGCACAUCGUAAGAUGGGCAAUGAGGGCGACUGGGACCGACCGAUGGGACUCAUGGAACGGCGCGAAAUGGAAGAGAAUGAACCGCUAGGGCAUAGGAGAAAGCGGCUCAAUCCAAAUGCGCCCGCGCUCAACAGAGGACAAUCGGCAUCGCGCUUGCACCUGGCUGGUCAAUUAGACAUGCCAAGCGAAGACGAAGCCGAGGGGGGCGAAACUUUGGGGCAGAGACGACGGAGGCUCGCACUUGAUGCUGCGAUUUCGGACGUGCAGGAGGGCGGCAAACGACCAGUCAGCACCUUCAGCGAUGACCUACUGGGACAAUUUGGUGGCCUCCAAGUCACGAACCCGGACGCUACUGCCUCUGAUAAAUCCACAGUGAAGGAGCAAGCCAACCAAGCUGAACAACCUCCUGUUGAGGAGAACGAGACGCUUGGGCAGCGCGCUGCGCGUUUGAGGAAAGAGCGUGAGGCAUCUGGCCAGGCGCCAGGAAACGAGAGUCGACCUACUCUGCACACCUCCUCAAGCAUGGCGAACUUGCUGUCUCGAAACCCUGUCGGAUCUCGUCAAGUCAGUCGCGAGAGUGAGGCCGCGCAAGGCACUCUGUUGCAUGCAAGUCAGCAACAUCAAAUGAAACAGAAGCAAGAUUUGAUCGCUGGCAAUCUUCGGACAACCAGUUACGAUCUCAACCAACCACUUGUCGAUUCUCGGCCACGCGCAACGGCCGAUGUGUCGAACGGGCUCAUUGGCAACGAGGCUAGCAGGCCUGCUAAUGGUCUCUUUGUUGGCGCAAAGCCGACGGGCGGCGUAAAUACAACCUUCUCGCCGGCUGCCAUGAACCGGUCCACGAGCUUUGGUGGACUUCUCGGUCAGCAGCCGAGCCGGCCUGCUAACGGACUUUUCCAGCCACAAUCUCACAACGCCAUGGGCGGAGGAUUGCCAACAUCUGGCUCGAUGCCCAUGUAUGGCAUGAAUGUUGGCGGCCAAGGCUACUUUGCCUCCCCUACAGCCGGCAUGGCUUAUAGCGGCUACGGUGCUCCACCUAGUAUGAUGGGAUAUCCUGCAAUGCCACAGUACCAGCAACAGGCGGUGAACCCAUCUGCGUACUACGCACUUACCGGCGGGUAUGGGUACCACCAACCUCAACAACAACAAGCCUUCCCCAGUCAACCUGCGAUGACUGCCAACAUGAAUGGUACAGCAUUCACAAAUCCGGCACAAGCAUCAUCCAUUGAGCGAUGGAGACAGAAUAUUGCACCGGCGUAGAUGCUGCCGACGCCUUCCUCCAAAUUAUUUUGCGCAAUUGUAAGCGAACGGCCAGUGACCAUGAAGAGAUACGGUCUUGCUUUGUACACGAAACAUCAAGAUUAGCAUCGGGAUGGAGUUUGACAUUUCAGCGGCAUCAUAUAUGGGCUCCGGGUGGGGACAAACGUCGAUCUAACAAAAUUCUAAUCAGCAUGAUGUUUGCAUAUUCCGGCUUCGGCUGACAAUGAACAGUUCGUAUGAUUCCUCUUCCUCCAAGAUCUCACUGCUGUCACGUUCCCCGCACAUCAAUCUACGGCCUGAUCGGUCCCGAUCGAGCGCAGUCGCCUCAACAUCAAUGGCUAUGAGCAAAUGCAGUUGCGAACGACCAAUUUUGAUGCACUGAUCAAGGUGCAUGGUAAGUAUCCAGCAGCCAUUGUUGCGAUAGCACGUGUGACUAAAUUCAAGCGAAACUGUCUUAAGUGGUCUCCAUGCGCCCCACCGAUGGUGUGGCGGCGGAUGUGGAGCAAAUCUGGGGAUCUGCACAUCUUGUCAAGAUUUCGUUACAGCUAUGGAAGAGUCUUUACCCCUACAAUGCACCUUUACCAUUGACAAUCGCCUCAACCUCGGAAGCCCGGUGACUAUUGCACCGGCGACAAAAUUGCAUGA